UGCGGGACACCGGGACGGACCACGCGCCGCACAGUGCGGGGCGUGUCCCCAGGCAGCAUCACCUGUGUUUGCUGGAGCCGUCAGUGCCAGCCGGGCUGAGAUGGCGGCGAGCCGGGCGCUGAGUGCCCUGUGCCUCCCGGCCGCGUCCCGCCCGCCGCUCGUGGCCUGCGUCCGCAGCAACUCCAACCGUGCCGCCAUCUGCCACCUGCACCGGCAGCUCUACGGCCGCCGCUACCCCGUGCUGCUGGUCAGCACCGACGGCUCCACCGUGCGCCUCCGCUACGGCGAGCCCAAGAGGAUCCUCAUGCUGCCCCUGGACAGCAGCACCCUGCCUGAAGCCGAACGCAAGGCUCGUCUGCGCCGGCAGUUCGCCAGCAAGCCCAAGGCCAAGGAGGAGGAAGCCUUCGAGAGCAUCGACCUGGACACCUACAAGAAGUUCUGGAAGAAGUGAAGCGCUGAAAGCAGAAAUGUAGAAAUGGAUA